AUGUGCAAAUCUCCGCUUCACGAUUUCCUCCAUGGCCUUCCUAAAUGUGAACACCACGUUCACUUGGAAGGGUGCAUGUCACCAGAGUUGAUCUUCACCCUGGCUGAGCGCAACAACAUCACUCUCCCAGACCCAGCAACAAACCCAGCCUACAGCUCUAUUGCGGCCCUAACAGCCCGAUAUGACCACUUCAGCUCUCUGGACGACUUCCUCGCCUUCUACUUCCAAGGAAUGGCCGUUCUGAUGAACGAAGCCGACUUCGCUGAUCUCGCCUGGUGGUAUUUCAGCAAAGCCCACGCCGACGGCGUCCACCACGCUGAAGUCCACAUUGACCGGGGUAUCCCCUACGAGACCGUUGUCAACGGAUUCUCCCAGGGCUGCAAGCGCGCCGAGAGCGAACUAGGCCUCAGCACGCGGUUGAUCCUUUGCUUCGUGCGCCACCUGCCCGUUUCCUCUGCCGCAGAUGUCUACGAGAAGUUCAUUUCCAGCGGUCACUUUGAAGCAGGCGUUGUGCAUGGCCUUGGGUGGUCUUCUACUGAGCUUGGUCCGCCCAAGGACAUGUUCCGGGCCCAAUAUGCCGACGCCGCGCAGAGGGGCAUUCCGCUCACUGCGCAUGCCGGUGAAGAAGGUGACCCGACCUAUAUCAGCACGGCGCUGGAGCUCGGAGCUACCCGUAUUGACCAUGGAAUUCGACUGGUCGAGGAUCCGGAAUUGAUGAAGCGUGUUGUGAAGCAGGGCACUUUGUUGACCGUGUGUCCGCUGUCGAAUGUGCGGCUGCGCUGCGUUUCAUCGGUGGAACAAGUUCCUAUCCGUCGCUUCUUGGAGGCUGGCGUGAAGUUCUCGAUUAACAGUGAUGACCCUGCUUACUUUGGCGGGUAUAUCCUGGAUAAUUACUGCGCGGUGCAGGAGGCUCAUCAGUUGUCGGUUCUGGAGUGGCGGAUUAUUGCGGAGAACAGCGUGCAGCAGAGUUGGAUUGAGGAUUCGCGUAAGGCGGAGCUGCUGGAGAAGAUUGAGAGCUAUGUGAAGCAGCACAUGGUCAUGGAAGUCUAA